AUGUAUCUCGAGGCAUCCUCAUGCCGACCUUGUACCGUAGAAGGCUUCUCGACCUUGAAGUCGUCAGCGAUCGAACAACCUCCGGGAAUGAACAUCUUCAAGGGAGGUUCACAAGCCGGUUCAUCGAUAGCCAAGUUAGCAGCAGGUCUCCCGAGGUCAACCACAUCGGAAGUAGUUUCGGCAGUCAUUUGGGAAGUAGAGGCGACCUUUUGGGGAACGGAUUUUGAGGUUUUUGCCAUUGUUAUAGGGGAAAGCUUGAAAGAGAUAGAGAAAGUUAUGGCUUUUCUCAACUAUGAAGUUGAGGGCUUAUCAAAGAAGGACAAUGAAGAAUUGGGGAGGCAACUAAAGCUUUUAAAUAAGCCAGCAAUCAAAACUAUUAAGACUGAAUAUGGAGAUAUUUAUGACUGUGUGGAUUUCUAUCAACAACCGGCAUUUGAUCAUCCCUUAUUGAAGAAUCAUACUUAUUAUCCUCAGAGAGACAAAGAAUCCUCAACAUCCAAUAGCUCCUUCAAAAUGGGAUUAAAAGAUGGUGGUUGUCCAAUGGGAACAGUUCCUAUUAGAAGAACUACCAAAGAAGAUCUCAUUAGAGAAAGGAGAUUUAAUGCUAGUUAUGCUCGUGGCACCUUUCAUUUUGCUCUAGAACAAACAUCAAAUGACCCACGUAACCAAAUUUCGGGAGCUGGAACAACAGCUAGUAUGUAUAAUCCAAAGGUUCUUCCGAACCAAUGGAGUGCAUCUGUCGUGAAGGUACAAAAUGGUCGUGACCAAAUACAAGCUGGGUGGCGUGUGGAUCCAAUUCUUUACGGUGAUACUCAUACUAGAUUUUACUCAUUAUUCAAAGCAGGUACAACUCAAUGCUUCAAUACACGUUGCCCUGGAUUUGUUAUUGUGAAUACGCAAAUACCUUUGGACAAGGUGUUUAAGACUACCAGACCUGGAACCUUAUUCGAGGAGACGUUCUUCAUUGAACGGGAUCUAAAGAAUGGAAGAUGGUGGCUACGAUAUGGUCCUGAUUUUGCACAGAUUGGUUUUUGGCCUCCCGAGCUUUUUACAGGAUUAAAGGGUUUUGCAUCACAAGCAGCAUGGGGUGGAGAGACAUUUAGUUCAGUGCCUACUUUCCCUCAAAUGGGUUCUGGCCGUAUUCCUCUAGUUGUAAGUACCAAUGAAGAUGCAUAUUGUAGCAAAAUUUCAAUUCUGGAUUCUGCUGGCAAAACUAAGGAUCCCGGUCGAUUAUCAAGGUUUGAAGACGCCCACGCGCUAUACCAAGUUGUUGAUGAACCAGUUACCAAUGAGGAUUUUGGGCAUACGGUCUUUUAUGGGGGACCUGGUUCUGUCAAAUAA